AUGGCAAUUAUCGAAAGCCGAUUUCCCAGGGCGGCUCACAUCCCUUCCUUUCUAGUCUCAUCUGGUGUGCCGUGUGUUGCCGUGUCUUUCAUCCUCCACAUCUUCCAUCAAUCUCAUCAAUCUCUUCCUCGUGUGUGCUUCUCUUCUCUCCAUUUUCCCUGCGUGUCUUCGCUUUCACUACUUCGUCAUCCGUUUAUUAGUGCC